GUAAAUGAGGUCGAUAGCUGCAUGUAUAAGGAUGUAGGAAUGCUCGCCAAAACUAUUGUUACGGAGAUAUUUUUCAUGCCUUUUAGUCAUGUGAAUGAUUACAUGGAAUUCUGCGAUAUGAAGGAGUCAAAGGGGUCGUAAAGUAAUGGAAUACAAAGCAAAUUGCUCCAUUGAGAUGACAGAAAGAAUCGACACAGUUUCUAAAAGCUUUGCAGACAUUUCAUAUAUGUCUUGUCCUCAGCCAAUCGUAGACAUGGAGGAGGAGCAAGAUGAUGAGGAGGAGCAAAAGAAAGGAGAAAAGGAGGAGUUAGAUGAAAAAGAGGAGGAGACUGUUUGUUAUUGGGAGAAAUGUUUUAAGCCAAUUGUACCUGUCUUAAAAUCUUCGCAGCCGAAAUGCAUUCAUGUCAUGAAGUCACUGGAGUGCGUUAGUAAAAAAUUAGCGGAAUGUGACAAUGAUAAAAUUUUAGCCCUGAGAAGUUUUUUGAAGAGUGUCCGAGUGAUUGUUUCAAAUGAAUCUUGCGUUGAUGACAUUACAAACGUGAUAAAUAAAGCCCGUGUUGAACCUGAGUGUGACUUAGAGGCAGCUCAACAAUGUGCUGCUACUUUUGCUAACCUACCGACAGAUGAUGCUGAUACAAGAUGCUUGAGGAACAGAAAUCAAGAGGCCUGUGUGAAUUACCAUGUAAAGAAUUGUAAUGACUCAGCAGAAAAGACUGCAGUGUUAUUGGAAGUAGAGGCACUUAAUGAUUGUGAUAAUGAUUCAACUAUUGAAGCUGAUAUUGAUAUGUAUGCUAGUGAAUAUGAGUGGUCGGAAUGUAAACUUAGUGAAGCUGCUAUGAAGAGUCAAACAUCUCUCCUGGAUGGUUUUGACCCAGCUAGUAAAUGCGCUGAUGUUCCUGAUGUAUGGGAUCCAAUAUUGGCAGAUAACAAUGGUUGCUUGGCAUUACCAUUCACAGUUGUGAAGGCUAGCUUUAAGAGGGGUACAGGCUGUGACUUAGCUGAUGCAGAUGUACAGUAUCAACCCUGGCAGGAUUGUAUUGAAUCAUUCUUUACCGAUUUCACACUGACAGAUUACUGUACAAGUAUGGAGAAGUUACUACAAUGUGUGAUGGAUACUGAGCCUGAAUCUUCCCUUGAUAGCUACAUGAUGGGAGCACAUAUAAAACAACUGAAACAUAUCAAUGAAACAUGCCGGGAACCAGAGGAGACAAUUCCAGCUGAUGAAGGCUGUAAACCAACUGAACAAGCUGUGUGUGUGAUGACAUAUGGAAUGUUAUUCUUCACGGCACCUUAUUUACGAAACACUGAGAAAGAGAAUGUUUGUAACAGGUAUGGAGAAAUGAUGGAGAGUUGCUCAGAGUGGAAUAGUUGCCCAUCUAAACAUGUAGAUGGUGUAAGGGCAUUGUUUGACAGCAUAAAGGAAAAUUCUGAUGUGUGCAUGAAGCCUGAGGAACCAGUCUGGCCAUGUGAGUGGAAGAAGUGCUUUGAACCAGUCUAUCCUUUCAUGAAUUCUCUUACACAGGAUACAGAGUGCUGUCACAUCAAACGUUCUAUGAGUUGUAUCAAGAAGAUGUUUCCUGAAUGUGACAUCACUCAGAAAAGCGCCAUUACAAGCUCACUUAAAACACUGCGAGGUACACUACCAAAUACUGACUGUAUUAAGGAAGUCUCAGAAGCAGUGUGUGAGGCCCAGAAGGUUGAUCCAGAAUGUAAACUAAAAGAAAUCGAUAAUUGUGAAUUUGACUAUGACUCAGAUGAUUAUGAAAAUGAUGAUGAUAAAUGCUUAGCAUACAAAAAUAGGAUAGCCUGUGUGAAGUAUCAUACAAAAAUGUGUGAAGAUUAUGAAGACAAGACGAACGAAUAUGUAGCACCAGAUGGUUGUCUUGACAACGAAGAUAUUGUUGCUGAUUUCAACCCCCACCCAUGUGAUUAUAGCUGGCAAACAUGUGACUUGACAACAGCUGCUAUGUCUAGUUUAGACUUCAUCAGUAGUGACAAGAAAGAUGAUUGCCUAACUGCUGUAGAUGUUAAUGAUGCGGUAGGGCAAAAUCUACCAGGCUGCUCUCCUGUACCUUUCUCUAUUGUUGAGGCAGUUUUGAUCAACAACAGUGACUGUAUUGACUCAUUGCUUGUCGGAGUAGAGACACACCCUUGGAAGACAUGCAUCAGUGAAUUCUUCUCAAGUUUUACAUUGGAAUCUAUGUGUAAAGGUUACCAAGAUUUCCUGAAAUGUUUGAUGACAACUGAGACAGUGUCACAUGUUGAUUAUGACUUGAUAACACCUCAUAUGGAGACAUUCAAAUAUCUAAACCAGUCUUGCACACAGCCAGAUGGUCCUAUCCCUGCAGAUGAAGGUUGUCAACCAACAGAAGCUGCUAGGUGUAUUCUCACACAUGGGAUGUUAUUUACCUUCGCUCCUCUUUCUUCUGUACAACAGAAACAGCAAAUGUGUGACAGGUACAAAACUGUAACUGAAGAAUGCAUGACCAAAUGGAACAGUUGUAACUCCACCCAUGUGGCUGAUGUUAAACAAUUCUUUGACAAGAUCGUAGAUGAAUCUGAAAUGUGUUAUGCACCAAAGGAGAUUGAGUGCCCUAAAGAACCAGAGGAACCCAAAGAACCAAAAUGUGAACCUGGAAUGGCCAUGACUUUAAUUUCUGAGCUCAGCAUAUCCUUGUCAAAAUGUAUCACAUCAAUGACAAUAAAAGAUCAAGUUUGCCAAUCAGUACCAUUUGUAAGAAUGCGUGUUCUAGCAGCAGUAAAAUACUGUCCUGAUUCUAUACAAGAUAGCAUUCUUAAAUCCUGGACCAUUAUGGUUGAAGUAAUUGACAGUGUGUGUGAAGGUAAAACGAUUGAAGUAGAUUUGCCUGACCUUGAUAGCACACCGAUUUGUAUUCCCGAGGCUUAUGAGAGUAAGAGAAAGAUGUGCGAGCCCGCAGUAGCACUGACAUGCCUGGCCAGAUUGGAACAGGAAGUGUUUGAUACCAGGGGAACAGAGGACAGAUUCUGUGUGGUGAUGCGUUAUACGACCAAGUGUUUUAUUGACUACACGAGCGGUUGUGAUUCAUUUAUUGGAUCUGCCAUCAAUCCUCUUGUACAGUCAACGCUGCAGUUUUUCAGUGAUAGAUGUUCGCACACCUGGUGCCCGCCGCAGGAGGAACCAGAAAUGUGUGAUAUUGAGGCUGCUCAAAAAUGUGUGCACACCCUGAAAACUACAAUGUGUAAAAGCAAGAAAAAGUCAUGCAGAAUGAUUGAGCUAACUAAAACUUGUAUUGCCAAGGUAACAGUAGAUUGUCCAGAGAGCUUUGGACUAAUAGUGAAACAAAUAUAUCAAGAAGUGACACUACUAUCCUCUAUUGCAUGCUACAAUGAUGAACCAAAGGUGGAUUCCAUGGCAUGUAUCAACCAUUACAAGAUGCUGGGACUUAAACUUCUAAAUAUUGGAGCUUUGCCAAGUGAAAGAAGCUCUGAAAAUGGAGAUGGUGACAUGGAGGAAGGCUCAAACAGUAAUAGUAUUGAUGAUGAUGAAAGUUCAGGCACAACAAAUUCAACCACAGGUAGCGUGAAGCAAUCUAGCAGUGUUAAAUCAGGAAAUGCUGGUAAGAAAUCUGGCAGUGGUAAGAAAUCUGGCAGUGGUAAAUCUGGCAAAAGUAAGGACUCUGGCAGUAGUAAGGAAUCUGGCAGCGUUAAAUCAGGAAAUGCUGGUAAGAAAUCUGGCAGUGGUAAGAAAUCUGGCAGUGGUAAAUCUGGCAAAAGUAAGGACUCUGGCAGUGGUAAGGAAUCUGGCAGCUCAAGUGGAAGUAGGGGUAGUUGGAAUGAGGAGAGUACAGAAUAUGAGAUUGAUGUACGUGGAAUUUGUCUAGAACUUGAAGAGGCAUGGAAGUGUGUAGAGGCCAGUUUGAAUAUGCUCAGUAUGAAAAAGAAGACAGUUGUAUCAAAGAUGAUCAAUGGAAUAAGAGAAGCUGUUUUAGACAAGUGUAAACCGAUGCACUGUUUCUCAUGUAGCGGCUUAGAUGAUAAUGAUGAUUGUAAUAAACAGCCAACAUGUGCUUGUCCUGUGCAUCAACAGAAAUGUAUAACAAGGUAUAUUGGUGGGAUAUAUGAGAAAGGUUGUGCAGGAGAAGGUGAUUGUAAGGAUUGUAAGGCAGAAGAUGGCUGUUUCUGUUGUGAUGGUCAUAAAUGUAAUGAACACGGUGAACCAGAAGAACCUGAAGUAUGUGAUGUGUCUGUAGCUGUAACAUGUGGCUUUGACUUGAUUAUGGUCGCCUUGGAAACUGAUAACGUUCAGUUAAGUCUGCUACAGGGUAACUUACAGUGUAUUAUUGAGCACACUAAAGGCUGCAAGACCAAACAAUACUACCUUCUGUACACUAUAUGUGUGGAGAUACAAACAAUAUUUGAGAUUGGAGGCUGUGUUAGUCAGUUUGGUGACCCUCAAUGUGGUACUGUGGGCAUUCUAGGUAUUAACUACCUACUGGCAAAUCCUUACAAACAAAGUUCAUACCACUCUGUGUGCAGGCAGUAUGAAGCUACUUCUAACAUGGUGAUAGAAGUAAAAGACGGAGAAAAUAUGUGUACAGACUCCCAGCUUGAUGGACUUGAUGUAGCUUUCUCAUUUGCCACUCAGCAAGUAUCUGGUAUAUGUACAGCUGAGGUUGACCCACCACGUGUAUGUGAUGUUGAGAAAGCACUAGCAGAUUGUAUCUCCCAAGAUAAAGUUUGGACAGAAGCCCGCUUUACAGAAUGCAGUGCGGACACGAUAACAACCUUAAAAUCUUGUUGCAUUGGUCUAACAAGUGACUGUACAUCCAUGGAAAGAAGUGUUCUAAUGAUACCUGUGAACAAUUACCUACAGACACUGGUCAGAAAUUGUGAUGGUACUGAUCAGUAUGGCAUGGAAACUGUGAUUCCAGAGAUUUUCAUCGUGGAUGGAUUUACCACAGUGACACAAACAAUUGAGACAUUUGUGACAGAGAUCCAGCAGUCCCUUAUCACAGGAACUCUUAACUUCGAGGAAGCCCUGUGCAAUUCUGCCAACACCCUUGUAUCCAGCUUCAAAGAUCUUGACUCCAAUCAGUUGCUGUCAGUUAAUGCAGCCAAGAAUGCUGACAAAAUAUUAGAUCAGUUAAAGGAAGUCUGUGAAGAUACAACAGUAACAGAUGACGAUGUUAAAAGAGAAUGUGAUGGUUACAAGAUGGAUGUUAUGAUGGUGAUAGAUUCCUCUAGCAGCAUUAAAACAGCCAACUUCGCAUUUGUUCAACAACUUGCCUUGCAAAUGGUCAACAUAGCUGAUUUAGAAAGUGGCAAUGUCAGAAUGGGCGCAGUUCAAUUUUCAACAGAUGCCAACAUGUUAUUUGGUUUUAAUGAGCACCUAGCUGAUGGAGUACAGGAUAAGUCAACAUUAUUAAGUAUGAUGGAUAACAUGGAGUAUAUAAGAGGAUCGACUAGCACAGGCCUGGCUUUAGAAUUAGCAACGAAUGAGCUGAGGGAUAACAGACGUGAAGAUGCAAAUCCGUUCAUAUUCUUGUUUACUGACGGUAAACCAUCAGAUACGGACACUGAAACUAAAGCAAAAAUGGCACAUGCUCUAGGUUAUAGAGUAUUUGUAAUGGCUCUAGGUAUCGAGGAACAAGAAGAACGCGAUCUCAUCAAUGAGAUUGCAAGUGAGCCAGCAAAAUUAAACGUACUGUACCUGACUAACUUUACACAGAUAGAAGAAUAUUACAAGAGUGUUUAUCAACUGUUCUGUCGGGAAAGUUCUGUGAGUGAAUGUGACUUUGCAGAGAUAGUGUACCAAUCAUGUUCAGCAUUAAUGUAUUCUAUGACAUCAUCUUAUACCACUGUUGAUAAAACUUCUGCUGUAUGCCAAAAGAUAGAAAGUUUGUCUCAGUCAGUAACAUCACUGAGUGCGCAAUGUCUAGGGUAUCAGAAGUCUGCCAUACAGUUGAUCCAGUCACUUUCUACGUACCAGUCGCAAGAGACGUGUAUACAUUUCCAGGUUGAUGUCAUUGUUGACACAUCAUGCAAUGAUGCCAUGGCGAAAGAAUGUGUGAUUGAUAUGUCAGAAUUCCUUCGGUCCGCCCACUUUGAAGAUAAAUUUGUUUGCAGGAAAGUAACAACAACAUUGGACUGCUUGAAACACUAUGCUCGAAAAUGUGAGGAUAAGACAGAAAUACUUAAAGAACUAAAAGACGCAUUUUCUAUUUUGACAGACAGAUGUCCAGAAGAAACUAGUUCUCUACGUUGCUGGGCAACAGGAGCUUUAACAGAAUCAGACAUGGAGACACCAUCAGAGAACAAGAAAUGCCAACAAUCUGCAUUGGGAGAAAAUGUUUUAGAUUGUCUUUCAAGUAUAAGUCUGCCCACUUUAUCUCUCAAUCCAGAUUGCAACCCAUUUGCUGAUGCAGCCCAAGAGGUGUUUGAAUGUGUCUUUAAUGUGUUUAUCACAAACAAGUGUGAAAUAUCCCUGCUUGAUGAAGUUAAGAGACUUAUACAAGACAGUGAUGCAUUAACAGCAUUUGGGGUAUGUCCUCCUGAAGCAGACUUUGAUUAUAAUAUACCAGACGGUUAUAAUGUUGUUGAGGUGAAAGACUGUGAACUCACACCAAAAUGUAACCUCACAGAUGCAGAACAGUGCAUAGAAAAUUUGCAGAAACUUGGAACUGGAUGCAGAAAUUGGGACGACAUUGAAACAUGUAUCACAGACUUCAUUGAUGGUUGCAACAAAUUUGACAAAGAAAUAUUCUGGAGGGAUAUUCAAACGUUAAGUGGUCUUGGGGAUGAAUGCUUUACGGAUAUAGCCAUACCUGAUCAAAAAUGCCGUAUUAAACUGGACAUCGAUGACAAUUGUGAAAUGUACAAGGACUUUAUAGAAUGUCAAGAGAACACCAUACAAACACCUUCAUUCGAGCAGACAACACAUGGUCGACUUGAUCAGUUCUCUGCAGCUCUCAAUGGUCAUUGUAUGGAAGAAAUAGCUCCAGAGGAUCUUGACAAUACUUGUGUUGUUACUGAAGCAGAAGAAAAAUGUGUUAAUGACUAUGUUAGAAGGGUCACCCAAGCUCUUUAUUUCUCUCAGCAAGGAAAACAACGCCUCUGUGAGACGUACAGAGUCAGUGAUCUUGGCUGUUUCUCAAGGAAACCACAAUGUUCUAUGGCUCAACCGGCAGGUCGUGUGUGGCAGAGAUAUCGUAUCGCAAAGACCUACUUACACAUCAGCGGUGUAUGUAGCAAUGCUCCAUUCAUAUGCUCCAAACGUACAGCAAUCGGCUGUAUCACUGAUCUGACUGUCCUAACAACAAAUUAUGACUAUAGCCGUGGACAUAGCUCAGAAGUUUGCCAAUCUUUGGAUCAUACACGCAUGUGUUUACAGUAUACUCUGAGAGGUUGUGACAAAAAAGUGAAGACCUCUAUCAUGAGCACAUUCAAGGAUGUAGAGUGUAUUGCUAAAGAUAUCUGUACCACGGAUAAAUGGGAGCCGCCCAAACCCGAUGGAAACCCACGUGAUUGUUUAGAUCCUACUCUGAUAGAGAGUGUAACUGGAUGCAGAGCUAUGGCGGCCAAAAUUUGCCUGAGAGAUUUUGAAUUUAAAGUCGAGAAUCCAUUUGUGAUGAAUGAUAAGAAAUUUGUUUGUUCAGAAUAUUCUAAAAUGAUUGAAUGUUUUUACAACAAAAUGCCUGUUGGGCCGGAGAACCCCUGUGGAGCAGGAGAACAAAGCAUAUCUAAUAACUACUUCCAGGUUAUAUUAGCAAAAUACAAGCAUUUUAACUGUCCAACUGUAAUCAGAACACCAUGCGAGGAGGAAGAAGAUUGUCCAUUGGAUGAAGCUAAAAGAUGUAUAAAGGUAUUUACUGACAAUUUGGCAACAUACAGGGAGGCUGGAACUGUAUGCCAGUAUAUUUCGGAAGUUGAAGUGUGCAUCAAGAAUAGUAAAGAUUCCUGCUCUAACACGGCCAUUACCGAGAUAGACGCAAUGUACAAGAAGAUGAUAGAUGAAGUAGAUGUUACAUGUACAGACGAUUUCCUGUCCUGCGCCGACACCUAUGUAAAUUACAUAAACAAGAUACUCAAGUGGAAGUCUUGUGUUGAACCAGAAGAGUCUGAGGAAACUGUAUCUUCUGCAACAAUAAAAGCCAGCUCUGGUAAAUCAACAAAGUCGGCAACAGGAACAAAAGACACAGGCAAAAGUACAAAGACAACCUCAGAGAAGAGCAAUGGUUCAAAGAAAAGCAAUGGUUCAAAGAAAAGCAAUGGUUCAAAGAAAAGCAGGAGAAGAAGGUCCGAGACUAAGGACACUAAGUCUAAGUCAAAGUCUAAGUCAAAGAGUGGAAGCAAAGUAAAGAGUGUGAAAUCAACAAGUGCAGAAGCAUCACCAAGCAUUGAUGUCACAUCACUAGACAGGAUGUGCAGCGUUUUUUUGAAGGCUUGGACUUGCGUUCAGAGUUCCUGGGACUCACUUGACAACAAUGUUGUUAUUGUUGUUAAGAAAACAUUUACAGCAUAUCACAGCUCUGUCAUGGACAUCUGUAAAGGACAUAAACCUGGUUUUUGUAACAAAGGUGGAAACAUAUUAGGAUAUGAUGGGUGUCAGUCAGACUUUGAUUGUAAUAAUGACCAGAAAUGUUGUUACCUUGGCAACCAAGCAGAUUCCAGCAUAAAUGUUGCCUGUGUUAAUCCCAAAUUCUAUGGUCAAGAAUGCUGUGAAGAGUUCCAGAUUACGUCAACAAAAGUGCUGACGGUUGUGAAGUCUUUAUACAGCCUGGUGGCGACAGAUAAUGGAAAGCAGUUCUGCAAAAUAUAUUCAGAAGAAAUGGAGUACAUAAAGAAAACACUAACACUAUCGUGUCCUGACCUGUACUUCAGCAGUAUAAGAGAAUCUUGGGCAAUGUGCACUGGAGCUUAUGAGAAAUAUUGUCUUGUUGAACCAACAACACCUCCCACGUGUGACGAGGCUGCAGCUCAACAAUGUGUAGAUAUCUACGAGGAGCUAGAGGUUGGUGCAACCACCGGAGAAAAAUGCGGAUACUAUGAUGAGAUGAUGUUGUGUGUAACAGCUAUACUGAGACAAUGUGAGGAAGGCUCUACUGUUAUUGUUGACAUCAAUACCAAGACAAACAAAAUAAAGAACUCUCUGAUAUGUGUAGAUAUACCAGAAGUGGAGCUCUCGGAACAGUGUAAGUCAGCAAUUGUGAUACAAGAGGGUGACUUACCUGGCAAAGCAAUUGAGAUAAAGCUGAAGGAAAGUCCCGAGACAUACUGCGAAACAGGAAAGACCUGCGAGAUUCACAUAACAUUUGAUGUGACCGAGAAUAGCAAAAAGAAACCAAAAUGUUCCAAUAAGAAAGAAAUCCAGCAGAUCCUACUUGGCAAUAACUGUGACAUGGUAUUCACCAAAGAUAAUUGGAAUGUGGCACAGACAUUGACAAUUUACGCCCGUCUUGAUGGCAAGAUAGAUAACAACUUUACUGGAAAAUUAAAAGUUACGGCAAAAUUGUUUGUAGAUGGCAAGGAAGUUCAGCAAAAGCCAGUUCUUCAAAAAUGUUCGAUUGUGGUAAAGGACAGGGACUCAGAUGGUUUAUGUGGAAGCACUAACGAUCCACAUUUAACAACAUUUGAUGGCUUGAAGUAUGAUAUGAUGGGUAAAGGAGAAUUCGUCAUGUACAGACACACAGAAUUGCCAUACGAGGUGCGAAUCCUCACUACAAAAUGCAAGUGGGGUAAAAACGGUCCCAAGGCAUCAUGUAACUGUGGAGUUAGCAUUAAAGCCGGUGAUGACGUGUUCUUUCUCAGCAGAUGUACAAGAAAAACUACUAAAGAAAUAUUACUGAAUGAGCCUUUAACAGAGGGUUUCAGAAUAUUUGAAGGCAAAUGGAAGAAGUCAUACACUGUCCUCUUACCAUCUGGUCUUACAGUGUUUAUCAAAUUUUCAAAGAGUAAAAUGCUCAAAGCUCCAUCAAAACUUAUCAGUGUUCACAUCAAGCCUUCUGCAGUAGAUUAUGGAAAAACAAGAGGUUUAUGUGGUAUAUAUGAUGGAAAUGAGAAAAAUGAUAUACAUGACGUUGAUGGCAAUGUUUUCAAAAAUAUUGAUAUUAAGGACUACACUCAGUCUUGGGCCAAAGCAUGGCAAGUCACUGGCACAUACCUGAUGGAAGGUGUUUCAGCUGAUCCUUUUGUUACAGACUUAGCCAGCUCAUGUUCACUCACUGAAGGUCAAUGUGCCUGUAACCUCCAGGACCUCUUUGAAACCUGUGAAAUUGACUUAGAAAAUGAUAUCUCACGAGAUGUAACAAUUACACAAAUUGGAAAGAAGAGGCGAAAGAGACAGCUUAUAAAUCCAUUACUAGAGUUAGGCAUUGACGAAAAUGAACAACCAGAGAUUGCAGUGUUCCCGACAGAAUCUGGAAUUACAUAUGAACAAGCUAAUGAAACUUGUUACAAUGCCCUCACUGGUGCUGAUUUUGCAGAUACUUGUGCUAAUAUUCUUCCACCAAAUGAACUGUCUGAUAAUCUUCUUAAUUGUGUAAAUGACAUAAAGGUGGAUGACGACCUUAAUUCAGAUUUUAUCCAAUCAGCUAUUGAUGAUGUGAGUAAACGAUGUGAAGAAACCGCCAAAUCCAGUACAAAUACCUCGCUCAUUGAUGGAAUAAAGGAUGUCACAUGUCCUGGACAAUGUUCUGGUCGCGGUUCAUGUAGCAAUGGUACUUGUACAUGUAAUGAGGGCUUCCAGGCAGAAGAUUGUUCUAUAGAUAUCAGUGCGCCACCAGAACUUACGGCUCUUAGCUCCACUUUGUGUUCAUCUACAUUAGAUAAUGCUUGCAACAGUGUGACUCUUGAUGGUGGUGACUUUAUACAGGGAGCUUCUUGUCACUUGAGAGCUGUACAGGUGACUGAAACUGGUAUAGAUAGGACAGGCUCAACAGUGAAAGUUGUUCCUGCACAAUGGAUCUCUGUAGAUGAAGUUACCUGUAGCUUGUCAGAAUCUGGUUCCCUGCCUUUACAUGCAGUUCUUGUAUCUGUCAGUAACAAUGGAGAGGCAACCAGUUCCAGUGUAGAGCAUCUAUUUAUAGCUCACAAUCCUGUUUGCUUCAGUUGUACUCGGGAAGACCAGGCAGUAGGAAAGUGUGUGAAAGAGAGAGCAAGUUGCUAUGUGGAUGGUAAAUGUUAUAGACCACUUGAUCCUAACCCGUCUAACCCAUGUUAUAUAUGUGAUGUUUAUACACAACAAAUGAUCUAUAAUGUUUCUGACAGUUGCCCUGCAUCAACAACUACUACCACAGAUGUGCCAAACCAGGAAAAUCAGAAGGCUCGAGAGAUGAACGAUUCUCUGGUUAUAGGACUAUCAGCUGGUGCCGCUGGAUUUGUCCUCGUUUUAGUUAUUAUAGCUGCCAUGGUCAUGUACAUGAAACACCUUAAGAUGAAGUCAAAAUACUCGGACACCAAAGAUUUGACACACCGAUCAUCUGGAAGAUCAAGUGAUGACGGUGAAGGGUUCACAGAUUUAGUUCAUCCAGCGUUUGCUAAUUACGGUUACCAAGGUUACGCAGGUCAAGGUUAUCCUGCCAUGUAUCUGGAAGCACCACAGGACGUGUUCGUUGAUAACAUUCCAAAACGACAUAGCAGUCGUCAUUCUGAUCCAACACGAGACCGACAUGAUAGAGGAGAUCAUAGACGUAGCCGACACGUACAAGAAGAUUUCUAUGACAAUAAUGCUUAAAAUGCAAAAAAAAAAAAAGAAUAAAAAAAGUGCAAACAAACUGUUUAAAUCAUACUUUAAUAGUUAAUUGUACAUAUGACAUCUGUGUACAGCAGAAAAGCAUUUUAAGAUUAUAUAGAUAUAUAUAUAGAGAUUUUUUAUAUUUUUAUACACAAAAAUGCUCAAAUAUAAUUCCCUUGCUGAAAUACUAUAAAGAAUGAUUUUGUGUGAUAUCUUGUAUAACAGACAUUUUCUAUUUAGUUAUCUAUACUGAAACACUUGAUUUCAAAAGGUGCCACUCUCAAUAUCACUUGAUUUUAUCUACUUUUUUAUGUACAUUAAUACUAUGUGAAUAGUAGUUUGUUAAAAAAAAACACCUUAUUUUGAAAACUGUAUUGGAAAAGAAUAGCAUCUAUUUAAUGAAAUUGUAAUUUCAAAAAUGUGUUGGACACCUGUAAGAAAUGAAGGAUGUCACUUACUAAAUUUGAUAAAAUCUAAUGUCAUCCCUGAUUUAUGUUUUUCAAAUUUAUCUUUAUAAUUUCGCAUUCUUUCAAGAUUAAUUUUUCUUUAAGAUAAAUUUUUAAUCUUUCAAAUUCUAUUUUUAAGGCACUGAAGUCUUUUUGCUUUUGAAGAAUUUUCUUUCCAUUAAAAAUAAUAUUUAAUACAGUCUCAUGAUAACUAUUGAUCUGAAAGUAUUACAAUGUAAAUUAUAUUUCUAGGGCUUUAAACUUUUCCUGAACGCCAAAAUAUUCAUAACAUAAUUAUGCUUUAUUAUUUUCUUCUGUCUUUCUGAUUAUCAUUCUAUUCACAUAAAGAUAUACUAUUCUCAUAAUUAUUUGGGUAAAAUAUUAUAACUGCGAAAAUUCUAUUGAAAUUUAGGAAAUUCUCAUUUAAUAUUGUCUUUUUUGGAUAAGAGAAUGUACAUACUAUAUUAAAGGAGCUGUACAUCUUAUUACUGGUCAAGUUAAUGUGGUCAUUUCCUUAAAAAAGAUCAGUUUUUAUAGUGACACUGUAUAUUCAUAAUGUGUUUAGUUUACUGAUAGUGCUUAGAGUUUAAAAAGUGACAGAUCUGUUCUGUGAGUACUCAAAAAUGUUUAUUUAACAUUUAAAAAAAAACAACAGUUAUCAAUAUUUUCAAAUAUCAAUAUUGAGCAUAAUAUAUCUUUAAUCAAUUACUAAUUCAAGAUGAGUAAGAUUUAGGUAAAAAUUGGUGCAAAAUAUUUGUUUUUCACUUUUCUUUUAUUUUCAGCUUAUUUCAUUUUCUCCAAUUUAUAGUUCAGUUUACAAAAUUAUUGUUUCAUUGUUAGAUCGCCAUGCCUCAUAGAAUUUAUAAUCAAUUUUUGAAGAAGAAAAAAAACAAUUAAAAUUUCAGGAAAAGUAAAUUCUCAAUCCAUGAGACUUUUAGCAUUUUAUAAAAUGUAAAUUUGACUAAAAAAAAUUUUGUUAUCAUAUUUCAACCUUACAUGAAUGAAUAUAUGGAGUAAGGGGCAUUAACAAAGUAAGGGUUUAAUUGUAUAUUUUGGCACAAACAUUAUUUUUUGAGGAUAAUUACUGUUUUAAAUUGUCACAAAUUACCUUUAUUUUUUCACUUGACAUUUGUUUUUCUUUUUUUCUUUUUUUAAAUAAAGCAAUAUUUUUAUUUGUUAAAGGAUCAAUACAGUAUAAAGAGAGAACACAAUCUUGAUUUUUCUAUAUAUGGUAUAUUUUGACAUGAACUAUUCUCAGGUGUUACAAGGUUUAUACCGAGGUUUAUCCCGCAACCUACAUAUGCAUGUACCCUUUGCUUUAGACAGAUCAUUUACCUAUUUGCUCAUUUUAUAACCGGUUUUUAAUUGGCAGGGCAGAAUUCUAACUGUGUUGUAAAGUAUUUUUUAUAUAUUAAAAAAAGUGGUUUAAACUAUCGAGACAUGGUGAAAUUUUUAUUUUGCUUCAUCUGGUACCAAUUAAAACUUAAAAAUUACAAGCUAAUGUGCAAUGGUAUGGUAUUUUGGCACAAAUUGUGUUUUUUAAAAAAGCACAGAAAUAGAAAUGAUGUCUUUCUAGUGUUUAAUGAUUGUAAUUCAAAAUUUUGAUUUUUUUUUUUUUAAAUUGAAUCCAGACUUAAAUUUGUAUUUUGUAAGCUUAUUUUGACACUAAAAAGAAAUGAAACAAUUACAUAAACUGAUCAAAAUUUUUUGGAAGAUUACGAAUACUAUUGUGGUUUAAUCAUUUACUGAUAUAUUUAUGUGAGAAUUCUGCCCUGCACAAUAUGUUGUUACUUGUUAGUUAUUUUCUUUCUGAUGCAUAAUACUUCUUUAUAGUUUACUUUAUUAAAAUUCUUAAUAAAACUUCA